AUGAUUCACGAAACACUAAUUCCAGUUUAGUUGGUUUGUAGCUGUUUGGGAGUGGAGAAGGUGAUGAUAUUCUUCAAGUUGGGCCUUACUUAACUUUAGGUGUUUUAAGUUUUUGUGUGUUUUUGUUUAAUUUAACAUAGUGUUGUUUUGUUUUGAAGUGUUGUUGAUAAUUUCGAUAAUGCCUCAACCAACGGAUAACUUGCCUCCUUCACAGCAUUGUUUGGCGCGGGCCCUGUAUGACAAUAUUCCGGAUUCUCCAGAUGAGCUCGCGUUUAGAAAAGGGGACACUUUGAUAGUCCUUGAGCAGAAUACAGCAAAUAUUGAAGGGUGGUGGUUGUGCUCUCUACGUGGACGACAGGGAAUUUGCCCAGCGAAUAGGCUGCGACUAAUACCAGGAGUGUAUGAAGACACUGGACAGACGAGAGUUUGUUCACCGCAGUUAACAGAAAUAUCCAGCGAUUUUAGCUGUCUUCAAAGACAAGGAAAAAGAAGAAGUUGGCAUGUGCAACCAAACCAGGUGGUGACUCCAAAAAAGUAUAACGACGUCUACUUGUACGACAUGCCUCCAUCACGUUGUUCCCCCAUACCUGUUUCUGGUUUAAGUCCUGGAUUUAGUCCCCGUGAUCAGACGAAUGACUGUUAUGAUGUUCCACCCCGGGCCAUUCCAGUAAAUGAAUUCAGAAGUAAUUGUUCCCGAUGUUCACCUGCACCUUCUUGUGUUUCACCCAUUAGUCGUGAUCUCGUUGAAGCCUAUGAUGUACCUAGAUCACUGAUAGGUCAGCCAAGUCCGAUAAGUCCCUCAAGUUCGGCAAGUUCCUUGACUGCAGAUUCUUUAAGUUCCUCAAAUAGAAGCAGUUUAGCAAAUAUGCCCGAUUAUGACGUCCCAAGACCCAUCAACAAGGGAUGCCAGUUGGUUUUACAUGCUUCCCAUAAUUAUGACAUUCUUGCAUCACAACCUUUAAAAGAAUUACCUUUAGAACUCAAUUCAGCUUUGGAAAAUUUAGAGAGGUUACAGUCUGACACAACGAGCUCAAUUUCCAAAUUGUUGGGAUUCGUGGGGCCACAGUGGCGAAGUAGGGAGAAGUUAGAAAGUAAUUUAAUGGACAUUAAGUUGGCUGUGAUCAGACUGAGGACAUCACUUCAUGAUUUAGCAGAAUUUGGAGAAGGGACGCUUGGAAAUGCAACAAGGGCUUCUGAUAAAAAUCUUGCGAGUAAAUUAGCACCGUUGGUAGUAGCACUGAAAAAAUCGGAUUGUUUAGUAUAUGAAGCAACUGAAAGACUUAAUGAACAAAGGUGGUCUCUUGAAUUGUUGUCAAGAUCUGAGGAUGACGAGAAAAACAGAAAGCCAGAUGAAUUGGAGCAGUUAGUAGCUUGUUCUCGAGCUCUGACAGAAGACAUACGACAAAUAGCAUCCUUCAUCCAAGGUAAUGGUUUGCUAUUGUUCAAACGGGAGCCACAAGGUAAUAACAACAAUGAAUGGUUGGAAGAUUACGAUUAUGUUAGUCUUGAUUCUAAGGAAGCUAUUUCAAAAAAACACGCAGAAAUUAGGGAAGCUCUUCCAAAAGAACUAAAGAAGAGUUAUGAUAAUUUAGUUAAACAUGCAGACGACGUUGCUUUUGACGCUGAACAUAAAAAUAGCUUGGAUUCUGAUGAUAAACAGCUUUUAAGUUUCUUUGCAGCUCAAUUAAUAACCCACCAUAAAAAUUUAACCCAAGCUAUUGAUGCUUUUUUGCAAACUGUUGAACAUAAUCAACCCCCUAAAGUCUUUUUAGCUCACGGAAAAUUUGUAGUAUUAAGUGCUCAUAAGUUAGUUCAUAUUGGUGAUACUGUUCAUAGAAAUGUUUCUUGUAAAGAAGUUAAAGAAAGAGCACUCAAUUGUGCCAAUGCAUUGUCUGAUGCUUUAGCUACUAGUGUAAAUAAAACAAAACAAGCAGCUUUACAGUUUCCUACUGUCACAGCAGUACAAGAAAUGGUUGAUUCUAUAGUCGAUAUUUCGUAUUCUGCACGGGACCUCAAAGUGUGUAUAGUGCAAGCUGCAAAUCCAAUGUAAUUUUUAUUUUGUUGACUGAUUUAGGCGUUAAUGUACUUUAUAUUAAGUUUGGCUUCAUAAAUUCAAUUAUAUUUUAUCAAUCAACAUCCACGUUUGUAGCAAAAUAAACUAGUUUGUAACAUGAACAAACAUUAAGAAAAUUUUUCUUAUAUUAAUUGACGCUAACAAAAGUAUUUAUUUUUAUUUGAUUAAAUAAAUUAGAAUCAGAUUGUUGUAACACGAUAUAAUUUUUUUAGUGUAAAAAUCUAAAGUGCAUAGAUGUGUGAGCACUUUAGAUUGUGUGCACACACAAUAUUGACACAAAUCAGUAAGUGGUGUUCUUAUGUUUUUGCCAAAUUCGUUUAUACUAAUUCUCAUAUAAUUUAGUAAACUUUUUCAGAAGGAUAUUGCGAACAAUAAGUGCAGCUCUUCUGGUUUAAUAAUUUGUGGGAACUUGCUGAUCUGCGGUAGAAACGGUCUAUAUAAUUACUUAUAGUAAGGUUACACAUUACCUAGUCAGUUGAAUUCACGUACUUUUCAAAUUUAAAAACUCGUUUAACACAACGGACUAAAUUUUGGGUUCAACAACUUAAAUGUUAGUAAAAUUUUUUUAACACUACACUGGCGCAUCAAACACUUUAAAAAUUAGGAUUCUAUCCUUUUGCGAUGUACAAAUGCACAAUGCAAACAUUCAUUUACACAUACCUAUAUUAAAGUUGUUGCAAAGUAUCGAUGUUUAUGCUUUUUCUUAUUAGUAAAGUAAAUGUUAUUUUUCAUUGAUAAGUGUUUUAUUCGGUUUAAAUUAUUUUUCAUUGAAAAUAACGUCUUCCAUUCUAAAGGCGGGCCCGGCAUUAGAAUGAGAAGAUCUUCUUGCUUUGCAAUACAUGUCUGUUUUAGUAAGUCUCUUCUAUUAAGCUUAUUAAAAAAUUAUUACCUGAAUAGAUAGUUCCUUUUUGAGCCGAGUUUCAAUACAUUGUGGUAUCUUGUGUUCUGGCAUGAUGCUGCAAAUCGUAACGCUUAAAUGUACCUGUAAAAUUUGUUCUUUGGAAAAUAGCGAUAAGUCGUUGUAAUAGGUAAUAUCUUUCAUGAACAUCGUGUCCUUAAUAUAGUUUUAGUACAGUAAGAAAAAAGCCCAAAGUGUGUUGCUGUAAAACAUUUUAUAACAAUACAAAACUUAUGAGUUAGGACAUACAAUUUCCGAAAUCACCAAACAUUUAAAAUAGCAGCAUUCAUAAUGGUGUAUAUGCGACGCGACGGUUUUAAAGAAAUAUGCAAAAAAAAAAUCGUAAAGUAGUAUAUUCUAAAAGCACAAAGUGAAACUUAAUGCACAAAAUCGUAUUGUAGAUUUUUUCAUUUUUCAGAUUUGUAAAUACAUAUAGAUACCUUCAAAGAUUAUUGCAUAACAUAGAAUGGUAAAGAACUUACUGUCAAUGUUUUAUUUGUUACGUUCGUGAAUAUUGCUGUAUUUCAAAUGCAUCGGUGUUUACUAUUGUUGUUCGUUGUUAAUAUGUCCAAAUAUAACAUGUAGCGAAGUAAGUUUACUACAACUUUUAGAAUCGUAAGAUUAGUGUCUAAAUAAUGAAGGUGUCUAUAGAUAUUCCACGUUUUACCAGGAAAGUCUGAGGCUCACAAUAGAGAAAAUAGUUAUCGUUAUGGUUCUAAGAGGAGCGAAUGAUUGAUAAAAUAGUGUUAAUAGUUAUCCCUUAAGGCCAUUUUCACGUUUAUGUAGCAUAAAUCAUAUUCCAGUUACUGCUAGUAACCAAGAUAGUAAAAAUGGAAUGAAAUCUAUUUGUGAACAAAUACAUCUGAAACGAAUGGUUAAAAAAAAAAAACUCAUCAUUAAAAUAUACCUUUCAUCAUGGCAUAUUAAAUUCAUGAUUACUUUAAUAAAUAAUUGUGUUGUACUAUAUUUAAAAAUAUUUGGCAGUAUUUUUUAAUGUUAUUUGAAUUGAAAUUUAUUGUUUGUCACAUUUCGUAUGUACACAUAACUUGCAAUGCAGAGAAAAUAUAAAUGAAAAAAAGAUUAUGUUAAAACGAUGUACAUAUAGUAUUAGCCUUCUGGAGUAAUAUCUGUUUUCAAAAAUUGCUUUAACGUUUCAUUUUGGCUUUGUUUUAUGAAAAGUGGCGUGAUAAUAUAAUACAUUAAAAAUUACUUCCAUUAAUUACAACAGUUUAAUUUUUCAUAUUUUUUUGUAUAAACGCAAAAGACUACUUAGUAUUUCUUGAAAACUGAUUUUGAAAAUAAGAAAUUUGCAAGAACUCUGUGAUCUAUAGUCUCUGUUUGCGUCUGAAAUUGAAUAUUAGGUUAAUAUUUUUAAAGAUUAUGAAUAUUCACAUUUGCAUUUUUUCUCUAUAACCAUAUUCUAAAAUAAGAUAUUUUAACGCACAAAUUCGCACACAAAAUAAUAUACACUAUUUUUAUAGAAAUUGCCUUGUAGUAAAAUGGUAAGAAUAUUUUCAUACUUAUUUGGAAAGUUGUUGCAUAUCGGAUUAAUUAAUAGAAUUCAUCUUACGUUUCGGUAAAUAAUGAGUACAAGAAAAAAAAAAAGGUAAAAUAUACUAUUCGUACGCUUGUCAAAGUAACACGCACAAUUUUUGGGGUAUCAGAAGCAAACGCACAAAUUCAAAGCACAAAUUUGAUUAAGAGGGAGGUACUGAAGUACUUGAAUGUAAAGACGCACAAAUUGAGUGCCUUUAGUUUUUAAUAAUCGAAAGUUAAACCAAAAAUGACAGUGUUAUUUCUGUUUCUUUCCCUUCUCAUUUUUGUACCUAUGCAUUGUAUACCAAUAAUUCUUUACAUUAUUUAAGAGAACUGUGUAUUUUAUACAAUGUUUAACGGAAAGUAUCAAAGCGAAUAAAAAUUACUUUUAUAUCGUACACUUUAGGUGCCUAAACAAACGCACACAAUAUUUAAAUUAUACUACUCACUGCCUAUUUUAAUCUGUACUACUCGUAUACUAAAUUGCUCGUUGUCUUGAUGUACAGUCUUGAAUGUUGUGACUCUUAAAUUUUUAGAUCUUUAAAUAUAAAAUUUACAAUGGAUUUCCGAAAAUUAAGCAAGUUGGUGUUGUCUUUUAUCGCUACAUAAUGACUAAAAUUUAAGAAUGAUAGUAUUAUAAUAAACUGUGUUUGGACCGAAACGGUCUUGGGAACUUACAUAUAAGGUACUAAUUUUUUAAGUAUAUAUAAUAUUUUCUUUAUCUGUGAGUACUCACUGUAGUUAUUGAGUGAUCAACUAAUAUAACAUCAAAGGGGCUCAAGCUCAUUAAUUAAAGUAAGUACACAUUGAAGUAACCCAGUCGAAUACUUUUGUUUGUGCGGAGAAAACGUUUCCAACAUAUUUUUUGAAAAUGUUUACUGAAUUUUAUUAUUUUUCAUUUGAGUUAAAAAAUAUCUUUAUUAACAAUCUUGUUACAAACGUGGAUUGUAUUCAGUUCUGACUGAUUAUAUCUAUUAAAUGAUGCGUUGUACGUCGAAAUCACGCAUUAAUUAUUCAGGGUCAGAUUUCUUUCGGUUAGGGUCAGCUGCCAGUAUCGAAAUCUUUUCUUGAGCAGGACAUGCGUUUUUUAAUUCGCCGAAUCACGCAAUAUAUAAUGGAGUGUUUUGCAUAAAUAAAGCUUCACUUUUUUUGGUAUUUGUUAGAUAUCGACGUCUACAAUUGUAUUAUAAUUCUACGAUAUUGUGAAUGUUAACAUUUUGAGUUUCAGAGAUUUAUAGUACAAUCUGUAAGAUGUCUUUGAAAGUUGCAUUUUAUGGUUUGGGUAACCGUUCAAAAUCAUUAUAUCACCGUGGAGUUGAAUAUUAUUAAAAUGUUUUUUAAUGUGUUAAAUACUUAUAUUGUGCAAUUCUGUAUCUGAGAUGUAAGUUUUUUAGUUUGAAGACUUCAUAGAAAAGUAUACAAUAAGAAAUAAUUGUGGUGCUGAUAAUGUUUCAUGGUGCAGUUUUUUUUUUAUUUGUUUAGAAAUUAAUAUUAUAUUCAAUCUGUUGCUGGGUAGCAAGCAACACAAUUAUUAUCUGGAAAUGGAAGAUAUGGGAAUUACCGCAUUUCAGAUAAAGAAUUUAUGUAAAAUAUUAUUGAAUGUACAGUAGCUCUAUAGUUUGUUAUGCGUCAGCAGAAAUUAAUGUAUUGAGUUCCUCCAGUAUUAGGAUUUUAUUUUGAUUGUUUUUUCCAAGCUUUAUUUUGUCAAUAAUUGUAAUAGUAUGAAACGAUAUGUAGUAGGAUUUUCAAUUCUCUGAUGUGGUUAAAAUAAAAUAUGAAAACUGUAAGUAUAGUCAUAAAAUGAAAUAAUAACAGUCUAUAUGUAUAUCCAGUUGCAUCAAAGAAUCAUUUUUUAUUUUGUUAUAUUUUCUGUUUAAUUUUAAAAUAAGUAGAAAUAUUUGUAUGUAUCUACAUACUUGUAAAGUAAGUAAGUUUGUUCAAAGGUUGUUUGUGGAAAUUUUAAUAGAAUAUAGGGAGCAACCGACAAACAGGAGGUUUAAAACAAUUCCGCAUACUUAACAAAAGAAAAUCUUGUGUAAUUUAUGACGAUUUUAGUUUAUUUUUUCUUUAUUUCUUAUUCUACUAUAGUAUUAAAUACGGUGUAGAUACCUUUUCUAGCAUAUACAAAAGUACCGUUGUUUUGAAUGAAUAAGUUUUGAGGUGUUGUCAACUUCUUGCAGCAUUACAAUGUACAGCUACAUAAUGACUCAAUAAUAGUUUAUACAUAGCGGAAAGUACAAAAACAUGUGAAAAUGAUUGUCAUGCCAAAUCAUAGGUGAAAUUUAAAUUUAUAUUUUUUUUAAGUUUGCGCUAAACUUUCAAAAAUUGUUAUAUAACAUCAAUGCAAUUUGUUAAUUGCAAUCAUAUGACAUGAUAUGAGGCAUCUGUUAUGUAGAAUUGUGUUUACAACCUGACUAUUUUAACAAUAUUUUUUGUAACAUUGUUGAACUUUAAUAGUAGACCUGACAAAAUUCACUUCUGUUGUAAAAAACCUUCAACUAAAUAAGGCGUAAUUUACUUAGUCGAUUUUAUUGCUAGAACUGAAAGUAGUGAAUUUAAAAUAAAGUGAACUACAUUUUGAGAUGGCACCUUAGAAUCACUUUGAGCAGUGAUUUGUAUGUAUUUUACCUAGGUACUUAUUCAACUAUUUUUACGAAGAAUUCCAAAACGUAUUCUAGUCAUUUAUAUAAUGUGUAAGUAACUGAAAAUAGAAAUCAAAAGUAUUCAUGUCGUGUUCAAUUUUUUUAUUAAUAAAUUGCAGCUUUGUAAGUGUGCAGUUCAAAAUGCUCAGUAAUAUUUAUUGAAAAUGCAAUUCAAUUACUGUACAAAAGGACUCUUUUAUGUUCUCAUAUAAACAUAACACCUAUGAUCUUUGAUGCAAUUUCAUCAGUAUUUCGUAAAAUAUUUAGAAAAGUUGUUAUAUCGGUUCCUAUUUUUGUGGUAUUUUUUGAUUUUUAAAUCAUAUCUAAUUUAAAUUCUCAAGUAAUGACAUUACCUAGUUUUGUCAUUUAACACAUUGUCUUGGCUCCUAUUAGACGUACUUAUUUGUAGCUGAUAAUAUAUAAACACACUGUAUAAAGUGUCUUCAAUGUUGAUAGACCUGUAACUAGUAUCAAGAUGUUUUUUCCAUUUAUUUUACAGUAGAAAAAUAUCUGCAACAUGAACAAUGUACCGCCAUUUGGUUUUACAUUCAGUAGAUGUAUAUAUUAUUUAUCAAUACUUAGUUUUAAGUUGUAGAUGUGUAAAAACCAAAUUUUAAUAUUUUAUAUUGAUAAAUUUUAAUAAAGUAAAAUUAAUCGUA